AUGUUAUUCCCAAACUUGACUGUGUUCAAGAAAGCUGUGACAAAUUAUAAUAUUGCAAUAGGAAGGGUGUUCAAGUUUGUGAAGAAUGAUAAUGAAAGGGUUAGGGCAAAGUGUAGAUCAGAAGGGUGCAAAUGGGAGAUCUUCUGCUCUUGGAGUAAUGAUGUGAAAACUUUCAAAAUAAAGAAGUUCGUGGAGCCACAUACUUGUGCUCGGGGGUUCAAAAACAAGCAAGCUAAUAAGAAGUGGUUGGCUGCUCAACUUGUUGAUGAAUUAAGAUCAUACCCGACAAUGUCAGCACAUGAUGCUUUUGAGUGGUUUAAAAGGUGUAGAGGUAUUCAUGUAGAUGACUAUCAGAUAUACAGAGCAAUGAAGUUGGCGAGAAAAAUUGUAGAGGGGUCCGAGAAGUUGCAAUAUCAAAAGUUAUGGGACUAUUGUGAGGAACUUAGGAGGCGGAAUCCUAAUUCUACAUUUGGUUUGAAAGUACAUAGACCUACUCUAGAGCUGCCACCAACAUUUGAUAGGCUAUACAUUUGCUUUAAUGCAAAUGUUCAGGGGUUUAAAGCAGGAUGCAGGCCCUUGAUUGGGCUAGAUGGGUGUUUUCUGAAGGGAUAUUACGGAGGACAGUUACUGUCUGCUGUUGCUCAAGAUGGCAAUCAACAUUUUUAUGUGAUUGCAGUAGCUGUUGUUGGGCAAGAAAGUAGGGAUACAUGGAGUUGGUUUUUGACAAAUUUGCUUGGUGAUAUUGGACAGUACAGUGACAAUGGAUUCUUGCAGGGUUUGAAAUUGGCUUUGGAGGAAUUAUGUCCUGGUGCUCCACAUAGAAAUUGUGUAUUGCACAUAUGGAGGAACUUCUACAGCAACUUCAAGAACAUGAACCUAACCAAGCAAUUGUGGAAAUGUGCAAGAAGUACCACAAUGGUGGAAUUUGAACAUAAUAUGAUGGUAAUGAAGAGAAUGAAUGAGGCUGCAUGGGCAUGGCUGAAGAGAUUUAAUCCCGACGCUUGGACGAAAGCUGGAUUUAGUGAUUAUCCAAAGAAUGAUAAUCUACUAAAUAAUACUUGUGAGCAGUUUAACUCGAAGAUUGUGAAGUUCAGAGGUAAACCAAUCAUUACGAUGCUUGAAGAGAUUAGAUGUUAUUUGAUGGGGAAGAUGAAUAAGCACAGAGUGAGGGCAAAUAGCUUUGUGGGUCCAAUUUGUCCAGUAGCGCAGAGUAGGCUAGAGAAGUCUAGAAAAGACAGUUCAUAUUGGACCCCUGAAUGGGUUGGUGAUGCUGAUGGUUACAAAUUUCAAGUAUGGAAAAGGCCCCAAUGUAAGGUGGUAGAUUUAGGUGCUGCAACUUGCAGUUGUAGAAUGUGGCAGUUAACUGGGAUACCAUGUGCACAUGCUAUUGCUUGCAUGGCUUACAAUAAUUUGGAGCCCGAGAAGUAUGUUCACUCAUGGUAUUCAACUGAACGAUGGAGAGCCACUUAUGUCCCUUACAUUGAACCAAUUACCGGUGAAAGUGACUGGCACCGCACUAAACUGCCACCAAUUGAACCACCAGCAUUUAAAAGACCGUCUGGAAGGCCUAAAUGUGGAAAGACUGGGCACAACAUUAGACGAUGUAUGAAUGAAGCCACUAAUGAUGCUCCAGAUAAGAGGGGAAACAGAAGAACAUCCAGAGGUCCUAAUGCAUCUAAUGCACAGGUUGAAGCCCCCUCAGGCCCUUCAAGGCCUAUUAUAGGUUCUCAAGACUCCAUCAUUCUCGGGCCUAGCGUACCUGUUUCAGUGGGAUCCAUUCGAUCAGCUUCACAUUCCUCUGCUCAGGUUGAUUGA